UAUACAGCUUUACCUUCUCAAAAUGGAAAAGUUGCCAUAGUGACUGGAGGUGCCAGAGGAAUUGGUUACGAGACUGCAAAGCAUCUGUCAAGACUUGGCAUGCAUGUUAUAAUAGCUGGGAAUAAUGAAAGUGAAGGUGAAGAGGCUGUCAUGAAAAUUAAAGAAGCAACAGUGAAUGAAAAUGUGGAAUUUAUACAUCUGGACCUGGCUUCACUGAGAUCUGUUCGACAGUUUGUAAAGACUUUUAAUGCAAAGAACCUUCAGCUGCAUGUAUUAAUCAACAAUGCUGCGGUGAUGCUGGUCCCUCAGAGAAUGUCAGAAGAUGGCUAUGAAGAACAUUUUGCAGUGAACUACCUUGGGCACUUCUUACUGACAAAUCUCCUCUGUGAUACACUGAAACAGUCUGGAAGGGAUGGCUGCUGCUCUCGAAUCAUUACUCUCUCAUCUGACACACAUUUUGUAGGAGAGCUAAACCUUAAUGAUUUACAAAGCAGACUCCACUACUCAUCACAUGGAGCCUAUGCACAAAGCAAGCUUGCCGUUGUAAUGUUUACCUAUCAACUGCAACAGGUGCUGAGACAGGAAGGCAGUCACGUGACAGUUAAUGUAGCAGACCCAGGAGUUGUGAACACUGAUCUCUACAGAAAUGUCUAUUGGCCCAUGAAAGUAUUCAAGUGGAUGACAGCUUGGCUGCUUUUUAAGACGCCUGAACAGGGAGCUUCAACUUCAAUAUAUGCUGCUGUCUCACCACAGAUGGAAGGAAUUGGUGGCUGUUAUUUGUACAAUGGUCAAAGGACAAAAUCUGCAGAUGUAUCCUAUGAUGAAGAACUGCAGAAAAAACUCUGGGUGCAAAGCUGCAAAUUAGUUGGAAUUUCUGACACAUCUUGUAGUUAACCAGUACUUUUCCAAACCUUGCUUUGCAUUACCAAACUACAGUCUUCCUUUCAUGGAGACCUAUGAUUGAUCAUCCCUUGCAGUUUACUGUUUACUGUCAGACAUGAAUAUCUCUAUUGAGAGGUUCUGCUUUGUCAACAGAAUGAUGGAAAUAUAAGAAACACUCUUUAUGUUAAUGUUUUUAUGUAUAUUUAUCUGUCCUUGACAUUGCCUGCUAGUAAGACUAUCCUCAUUAUCAUUUAAUAUGUUUUGAGCUCACUGUGAAUUAGGAAGUGAAAUAAUUGCAGGUUGUCUUAUACUUUCAAAGUAUGAUUUCCUUUCAGAAUGCACAUUAAUAUAAAAUUAGACCAUUGCUUAAUUACACUUCCCUUUUACAAAUCUGUCAUACAGUAAAUGGUAUGUAUUUGUAGAAUGAUGUGUUAAAAAACAGUAUUUACUAAGCCAGAUAAUAAAACAAAGGCCACAGGAUGUGUUGGAAAUAAAAAAAAAACAGAAGACUAA